AGCUCGGUUGCCGUGCGCAGAAACAUGCGCAGUGUGUGGUGCGGUGGAGGGUUUCAACGACAUCUUGUGGAACAGUAGAAUUUAGCUUGUGAAAUCUGUGGGAUUCUCGAUCAUCCGAUGUUUAUGGUGUAGUUUAACCAUCAAGAAACUUCAAGAUGUCGACUAGCAGUCAAAAGCUAUCAACAACAGAGCGGGUUAUCAAAAGCGUUCCAUUCCCGCCCAGUCACAAGUUGACAACGGCAGAAGUAUUCGAUGCACGGACCGGCAAACCUCGCCCUGAUGUCCUCAAACAGCACUUCAUCUUGGAAGGGCGUAUCGACGAGGCGGCAGCGUUGCGAAUUAUCAACGAUGGCGCCACUCUUCUACGCGCAGAGAAGACGAUGAUAGAUAUAGAGGCUCCCGUCACAGUGUGUGGAGACAUCCACGGCCAGUUCUACGACCUCAUGAAGCUGUUUGAGGUCGGAGGCUCACCUGCCACUACAAAGUACCUCUUCCUUGGCGACUACGUGGAUCGAGGAUACUUCAGUAUAGAGUGCGUGCUGUACCUCUGGGCGUUGAAACAGUGUUAUCCCACCACACUUUUCUUACUACGAGGCAACCAUGAAUGCAGGCAUCUCACAGAAUAUUUUACCUUCAAACAAGAAUGCAAAAUUAAAUAUUCCGAAAGAGUUUAUGACGCAUGCAUGGAGGCAUUUGACUGUCUCCCAUUAGCAGCCCUCAUGAAUCAGCAGUUCCUCUGUGUGCAUGGUGGUUUAUCUCCUGAAAUUCAUAAUCUUGAUGAUAUACGAAAGUUAGACAGGUUCAAGGAGCCUCCUGCCUUUGGGCCCAUGUGUGAUCUGCUUUGGUCAGACCCAUUAGAAGAUUUUGGCAGCGAGAAGAAUGCUGAACAUUUUAGCCAUAACAGUGUUAGAGGUUGCUCCUAUUUUUACAGCUAUGCAGCGUGCUGUGACUUCUUACAGAACAACAACCUAUUAUCCAUCAUUCGUGCUCAUGAAGCUCAGGAUGCUGGUUACCGAAUGUAUAGGAAAAGCCAGACCACAGGCUUCCCUUCUCUUAUCACAAUCUUCUCUGCACCUAAUUAUUUGGAUGUAUACAAUAACAAGGCAGCAGUCCUCAAGUACGAGAAUAAUGUUAUGAACAUCAGGCAAUUUAACUGCUCCCCCCAUCCAUACUGGUUACCUAACUUCAUGGACGUCUUCACAUGGUCCUUACCAUUUGUAGGAGAAAAAGUGACCGAAAUGUUGGUAAAUGUUCUUAACAUUUGCUCUGAUGAUGAACUAAUGUCUGAUGGAGAUGAUGCGCUUGAAGAAGGGGCAGCUGCCAACUUGCGCAAGGAAGUCAUUCGGAACAAGAUCCGUGCUAUUGGGAAGAUGGCACGUGUAUUUUCUGUUCUGAGAGAGGAAAGUGAAAGUGUAUUGCAACUCAAGGGACUUACUCCAACUGGAUCUCUACCUCUUGGUGCUCUCUCUGGAGGCAAGACUUCACUCAAGAAUGCAUUACAAGGCUUCUCACCCAAUCAUAAAAUAACAUCAUUUGCUGAAGCCAAAGGCCUGGAUGCUAUUAAUGAACGAAUGCCCCCAAGGAAAGAUGCUCCACCUACACCCACCUCAGAAUCACAGCCAGGCAAUCAGGCUUCUCAUGCCCAUGGAAAUACCAAUACUAAUGCCCAUUCGUGGCAGGCAGAGACUGGCCCCUGGGUGCGUUCACCCCAUCCCCUGCCCCCUGAAUGUUCCCCACCAGAGCUAGGCCUCCCCGCCCCUGCAAACACUGGCGUACGCAGCAGGCUGCGUCGUGGCAAUGGGAACGUGGCCCAGCUAGGCGCACAGUCUUGCACAGCAUGCUGGCAUGGCAAAGUGCUGCUGUGCGCCAGCGGCGUGCGCUGGGGGAAGCGCACCUCGUGGAGCCAGUCCCCCAUGCGGGCUGGCACUUGCAGACCUGGACCUCAGUUUUUCCGUCUUUAAAGCUUUCAAUUUUUAUUGAUUUUGUUUGUAACUUAUUAAACAACCGUGAAAGAGAAUUUCAUAUUGUACUUGAGCGGAGCACAGUUUGACUUAAAUCUUGUUCUUCCUCCCGGUCUCCAGACAGAGUCUGUGGGGGGCUGGAUCAAGGAAUGCCAUCUCUUCCUCUAACCUCACUCUACAACAUUCAAAAUGUUUGUAUUUUAUUGGUGGUAACAAUGAAUAUGAAGUAAUGUGUAUAAGAAGGUAGUUUGCAGUGUUCGGUUUCUGUUUAGUAAAUUGUAAAUACUCUUCUUUUUCUCUUAUUUCCUACUAGAUUGUAAAUCAGUAUAACUUGCUUAUGUAGAUAAAAGUUGGAGCAUGAUGUUCAGAUGCUUUCAGUGCACAUUUCAGUGAAAAAAUGUAUUGCACCUGUUAAAACAUUCUGUGCUUACUAUUCAGAUAGGGUUGUAACCUAUCUUCUGGGGGAAAAAAUGAUGUUGUAAGUGCGAUGGCAAAUACAGCAACUUCAGCAGCUGAUAUUGUUUACAACCACAACAAGAACAACAGCCAUGCCUGUGUGGAACUGCGCUCCCCACUUUCUGAUGCUGCACAGUGUGACUACCUGAUGUGGCAAGUGGAGUUAUUAAGCACAACAGGCUGGGAGAGACAGAGGUUCUUUUGCCUUCUGUGGCAGUUGGAUGAAUGCAGAAGAGAAUGCCUCUUACCACUAUGUUUCCAUUGCCUUACAAAUUAACCUGAUGUUUUAAAGAAAUGAACAUGAAAAUAACUUAACUAUGAUCAAUAAAAAGUAAAUAUAUUACAAAAUGAAUUCUCAUGUGUGUUUCCUGCUAAACAGACAUGCAUAUGAAUAUAUAAAUAUAUAUACACUCACAUACAUGUAUUUUCCUACAUGUAUGCGUAAAAGCAUUUAUACAUACACAUAUACAUACCUACAUUCAUUACUGUAUAAGAAACACAAAACACACAUGUUCAUAGAAAGAAGGUAAACCAGUGGUAUCUCUCUUCUAUAAAGUUGUACUUACUCAUUUUCUUGUACAAAUGUGUUACAAACUAAAGUGGGGCAAGUUGCCCUAAUCACAUUUUCAUUCUAAGGGGUUCCUCAUAUGUAAAGUUAAAGAAAAGUAAUUACAUGUAUAAUAUUGUGCAACCCUAAGGCAAGAGCCAUUACCCUGCUCUCCUGCAGCCUGCUCAUGGCAUGCAUUAGAACAUGCUGCAGGCUAAAAGCGUGCCAUGCCCCAUUCUUGCUUCUCUUUAGUUGAAACACGUGUUCUCCUUUAUCCAAAAUUUGUAUGUUUCUGUGAGAUUUCUCCAAUUUUUAUAUCCAUGUACAUAUACAAAACCAUUCUGUUGUGCAUCUUAGCUUGUGUAGCCGCAACAGUAGAAUCUCUUGGACAUAACUGAAUGUGUAUUAUGGUUGCAACAGUUCAUAUUGUGUGAAUGCUUGUAUGAUAGUGUUUGCAGUAAAUGUCUGCAAAGGGGUUAUGGUCAGUGCCUGUGUGUGCUUGUGCAUACUAAAUGGGCAGAACUGACAAAAACAUUUGGUGCACACAGUGGGCAAAGGAAUGUGUUUCAUUGUACUUUGAAAACUGACUGUAAACAUUUUUUCAUUUAUGGUAGGGUAAUAUUAUUAAUUGCUUCCAGAGUGUAUCAUUAUGAUGUGAUCCUGUUUCACCUGGAAGAAUUUAAUUCCUUGCAUAACAGUUUCCCUUCUGUAACAACAGUCCAUCAAAACAAAAUAUUUUGUACUUUUGCUUAUUAACUUUGUAUUACCUGAUCCCAGUUUAAGGAGAAUGGUUCUUUGUUGCAUAUCGUGAAUUUAUGGCUGUGUGUUUCACCAGCUUUAUCUGCCUCUAUUUUAUCCCAGUGAGAACUGAUGGCUUCUUUUUGUUUUUGUGAUUCUCUCUAAUAUCAUUAACUGAUGCUUUCAGAAGUUUGCAGUGAGUAUUUAAUUGUGUCAACUCCCCAUCACUUUGCCUCAUUUUGGAUUGUACUAAGAAAAUUGUCAAGUAUGAAUGUAUAUUACAUAUACCCAAUCUUCAAGUGAGUAGAGAUGCUAAAGCAGUAAUUUCCAAUUGUGGUCUCAUAGGAACAGACAUGUGCACAUAUUUCACAUCUGUUACUUCUUAAAGAAAUAAUCAAGAAAGUGUUACAAGCAUUUCUUCUUUUCAUCUCAUUGUGUACUGCCCUCGUCACCUGUAAGUGUGUAAUGUUACAUAAUUGUACAGUAUUCACUCAUGGGACUGUUUUCACAAGUGUGAUCAUCUUGCCAUUGUUGUUGAUUAUAUAAAUGUUAUUAUUGCUAUAUCUCAUGAAGAGAAAGAAUGAACUAUUAUCCAGAGGAUUUGAAUGCCGCCUUCUGCACUUUUUUUAAAGGGUGUACAUCACAUUUCAUGACAAAUUAAAUGAAAUAUGCUAGUGUGCUAUCGAAUCGUGGAUAAUUAUGUGAAUAAAUAAUUAAUCAUUACCUUUUCAACUCCCUUAUAAAAUUCUUAAAGCUUUUCUGAUGUAUUGAUACAGAUUGAUAAUUUUCCAUUUCAUUUUCUCUUUAACUUUUCAAUUACUGAUCGUCACUGGAUGGUGAUGCCCAUUGCAUGAUGUACAAAGAUUAAGUAGAGAGCUUGUGCCAUCCGUAAGUUCAGUUUAUUUCUGUUGUCUCAAAGCCAGCUCUAGUGAUAUUUACUUUGAUGUGUUGUUGACAGAUGCAGAUUUUUAAAUAUUUUAAUGUAUAUUUAUCUCUACGUUUGAACAUUGUAUUUAAAAUGAGCUUUCACUUGCAGUUUGUUGAAUUUAUUACCCCACAGAGUAGUUAGCUUGAGUGGACAGUAAUGGGCAUUACCUUUCUUUUAAUUUCUUUUCUUCUUUUUUGUUUCUCCUUCAUAUUUUGAAAUGAAUUUAAGUCUGUUCUUACUUACCAAAGUUAAUGCCACUAGUCAUGUUAAGAUCUAUUAAUAAAACUUAUGUAAACUUUGAUAUAUAUGAACUCAUGUUUUCCCUACAGUUUUCUGAAGUUCUAAAUAAAAUGUAACUUAAUAUUGUUGAUUUCUUUGACUUUUAGUUCAAAGAAUGUGUGAGUAAGUUUUCUGUUAUCCUAAUUGUAUUGAAUGUUUUGUGAUUUUCAUUAGGAUUUUCAGUGCCCUGUCAUUAAAUCGGUCUCAUGGCAAUCACGUUUUUGCGAAUGUCAGUUCAAAAUAAAUCUUAUCUCAGGAAAACAGAAUAUAAUACAUUUUAUGGACUAAUUAAUACAUAUAUAGUUUUAAUUAUGGUUGAUAUUUUUUUAAGAAUUAGUGCUCUAAUUUGUUACUAUAUCAUUUACAUGAAUGGAACACGACAGAUACAUAAUUGGAAGAUGUGAGAAAAGUUGGCUUUAUUUUGAUGAUUCUUAAUCUGUCUUUUCAUAAAGACUGAUGGUAUGAACUACAUAUUAAAUAGAAUAUGUGGAAAUAGAUUGAAUAUUAUUCUUUAAUGUGUAAACCUAUCGGCAUAAAUGUACAUUUGUAGGAAAAAUCUUAUUAACUACAGGAAAAGCACUGAAUAGCAAUAACAGAGCCAAUAAAGAAAGGUAUUUAAGGAAGUUGGAUUUGGUUUUCUGCGUGAAGCCAAUAGAAUAUCAGUGUAAAAGAAAGUAUGCAGUCAUUGCUGAUGUUUUUUGCAACUCUGUACAUGAUCCACAUCUCUUCCAUAAGUAAUAAUUAAAUUUUCAUGUAUUGACUCUUCAAAUCCAGGAGCUACAAGAACAGUCCCAUCAGCGCAAAAAAUAUCAAUGGGUAAUUCUAAUUGCUGAGUAGUUUGGCAGAGACACACCUUAAUCAGGUAUGUUAUCUGAUGUUAAGAAAUUGAAAUAAAUGCAGCAGAAAUGAACUGAGUGAGAAAGUAGUAAAAAUAUGUGGGAAAUUAAUUGACCAUGUUUUUGACAGAAAACUGAAAGCACUUCCAUCAAUGAUUCUCAGCAUGUUUCAGAAAUAAUUACCAGCAAUUGGUAAAACAUGUACAGCUACUUUGAUAUUUGAAAAUGAGUUAUUACUUUAGUGGUAGGGUUGCAGUUUUGAAACAAAGAAAUGAAAGUGAUGAAAUGUGAGUAAAAUGAAAUAAACAUUGAUAUUCUACAUUGUGUAAGUCAUCUUGUAGUUUGCAACAUGGUUUAUACAAUUUAUAUAUUAGCAAUCUUGCAGAUCUAGUUCUCUUCUUUUAUGCAGUGUUCACUUUGCUGUUACGAAACAGCCUAUGACUAAGUAUAACAAAGACCUCUCAGAGUAGCUUGCCUCCAGGCCCAGCAAAUUGGGUUAGUAUAACUAUUUAACUGGCAUGAAAACUCUGCACCUGCUGUGAUUGUGUACGAGAUAUUUCAAAUUACAAAUAUUGUCCAUUGUGGUCAGUGAAAUAAAACGUGAAAUGUGAAAUUUCAGAAUAAAUUAUUAAUAUUUGUUUUUUUU